AUGUCUGAAACGGAAGACCACCACCACCACCAGCACGCGGCGGGACCGGCCAAUCGGAUUGGCAAGUACCAGAUCGUCAAGAACCUGGGCGAGGGCUCGUUUGGCAAGGUGAAGCUGGCGUACCACACGGGCACCGGCCAGCGAGUGGCCCUCAAGAUGAUCAACAGAAAGACCCUGUCGAAAUCCGACAUGCAGGGCCGAAUUGAGCGGGAGAUUUCGUAUCUGCGGCUGUUGAGACACCCGCACAUCAUCAAGCUGUAUGACGUGAUCAAAAGCAAGGACGAGAUCAUCAUGGUGAUCGAGUACGCGGGCAAAGAGCUGUUCGAUUACAUCAUCCAGCACGGGCGGAUGAAGGAGGACGAAGCGAGACGGUUUUUCCAGCAGAUCAUCGCCGCCGUCGACUACUGCCACCGCCACAAGAUCGUCCACAGAGACCUCAAGCCGGAGAACUUGCUGCUGGACGACCAGCUGAACGUGAAAAUUGCAGAUUUCGGUCUUAGUAACAUCAUGACAGACGGCAAUUUCCUCAAGACCAGCUGCGGGUCGCCUAACUACGCCGCCCCAGAGGUCAUUUCCGGCAAACUGUACGCGGGGCCCGAGGUGGACGUCUGGUCAUGUGGAGUGAUUUUGUACGUGAUGCUGUGCGGUCGUCUGCCUUUUGACGAUGAGCUGAUUCCUGCUCUUUUCAAAAAAAUUAGCAACGGCGUGUACACGCUGCCGCACGACCUGUCGCCCGGCGCCAAGAACCUGCUCACCAAGAUGCUCGUUGUGAACCCGCUCAACAGAAUCACCAUCAAGGAGAUCAUGGAGGACGAGUGGUUCAAGGUGGGCCUGCCGGAGUAUCUGCUGAACGACAUCGUUGCGGAGAAAAAGGUGAGUCCCGACGACGUGAGCGAGGACGUGGUGAACGCAUUGGCCAUUGCCAUGGGCUACUCGCGCGAGGAGAUUAUCGACGCCAUCAAGAUAGGCAGAAUCCCAGAGACAGAGGAGAUCCUCGACAGCUACCAACUAAUGAAGAGCAACAAGAAGCUCGUGGAGGAUAUCAACAAACAGGACAAGCUGCAAACGGCUGCGAACGACCCGAGCCACCCGAGAUGGCGCACGCCGACAAACAUAGACUACCCAAAGCCCGACAAUGCAACCAACUACAACCCGAGCUCGACCAUCGCCAUUCUGCCCUCGUCGCUGCCGCAGAUCCACAGAGCGUCGAUGGUGCAGCUGCACCCCGAGCUCGCGUCGAUCCAGCCCAUCAGCACCAAAAAGUCGAAGACAAGAUGGCAUUUUGGCAUCCGUUCCAGAUCGUAUCCGCUCGACGUGAUGGGCGAGAUCUACAGGGCCCUGAAAAAUCUGGGCGCGGAGUGGGUGCGGCCGUCCGAGGAGGAGCUCUGGACGAUCAAGGUGCGCUGGAGAUACGCCGUGGCCGACAGCGAGCAGGACGCCGACCUCAUGAAGAUGCAGAUCCAGCUCUUCCAGCUCGAGCCAAACAACUAUCUGGUGGACUUCAAAUUCGACGGCUGGGAGUCCAAGAACCCGGCGAAACCCGGCCCGGCCGACCAGGAGCUGCAGGACUCGGACGAGAUCUCGUCGUUCAGCGCGUACCCGUUCCUGCAUCUCGCCACCCGGCUCAUCAUGGAGCUGGCCGUCAACAGCCAGGGCUAG